AUCCUGUCAGGUGCUGUAUCGUGCUCAGAUGAUGAGCUGAUGCCCUCAGACGAUGAGUGUCCCCCCAGCCGAGACCAGCCCCACCUCCGCUUCGAGAUCAAAAGCGAUGACGGCUUCAUUGUGGAGGCAGACAGCGUAGAGGAGGCCUGGAGGGCAGUGAUCGACUGUGUCCAGGAGGCGCGGGCGGGGGCUAGGCUUAGGCAGCUGUCCUUCUCUGGGAUGACAGGUGCCCGUAUGCUGGGCCUGCUCCACGACACAGUGGUCUUCCUGGUGGAGCAGCUCCAGGGGGCCCGCCGCUGCCAUAGCCACGCCUUCCGCUUCUUUAAACAGAUCAGCCAGGAGGAGGAUCUGCCUGUCAACCCCUCUGGAUGCGCCCGCUCUGAGGUCUACCUCAGGAAGACCACCUUCGACAUGUUCAACUUCCUGGCUUCCUAGCACCGCCAGCUGCCUGACAUCAACCCCUACGAUGAGGAAGAGGAUGAAGUCCCACUCAAAUC